CGGGAAGAGCGAAGUGAUGUGAAUUGUAAUGUACGUUUGUGUACUAAUUGUGUGUGGGGGGUCACAAGUGUGUGUGUAUCAGUGAGCUGUGUUUACCGUCGUGUUUGUGCACUAAGAGCCUCAGCAUGGAGGUGACGGAGAUCCGGCUGCCGGCGGCAGCGCGUGCGGUGCGGCUGAGGGAGUGGAAGGUGGAGCUCGGGGCGGUGGUGAAGGUGGAUUCUGUGCUAGCUUUGUGUGUGCUGAUGCCUACAGACACCGAGGGGCAACAGCACAACAACAGGGCACUAACGGAGAAGAAGCUGAAGUCUGACCGAGCUGGGGUGGUGACAGAGCUGUGUUAUGGGCUGGGAGACGUCAUAUGUCCAGGGGACGUUAUUGCACGAAUAGAAGAAUGCAGUCAUCCCAUUGUAAUGAAGGGGCUGUGUGCUGAGUGUGGUCAGGACUUAACACAGCUGCAGAACAGGAAUGGGAAGCAGCAGAACAUCUCUACUGCCAUGGUCUCCAUGGUCCACAGUGUCCCAGAGCUGAUGGUCAGCUCUGAGCAAGCUGAGCAGCUUGGUCGAGAAGACCAGAAGAGGCUCCACAGAAACAGGAAGCUGGUUCUCAUGGUAGAUCUGGACCAGACUCUGAUCCACACCACAGAGCAGCACUGUCAACACAUGUCAACCAAAGUGAGCUUCAUAACCACAACAAUCGAAGGGAUUUUUCAUUUCCAGCUGGGCAGAGGUGAGCCCAUGCUGCACACACGUCUCAGGCCUUACUGCAAAGAGUUUCUGGAGAAGAUUUCCAAGAUGUAUGAGCUGCAUGUGUUUACUUUCGGAAGUCGCCUCUAUGCACACACCAUUGCAGGCUUCUUGGACCCUGAAAAGAAACUUUUCUCACAUCGAAUCCUGUCCAGAGAUGAGUGCAUUGACCCGUUCUCCAAGACAGGAAACCUGAGGAAUUUGUUCCCAUGUGGCGACUCCAUGGUGUGCAUCAUCGACGAUAGAGAGGAUGUGUGGAAGUUUGCCCCUAACCUCAUCACGGUGAAGAAAUACGUCUACUUCAAGGGAACAGGUGACAUCAACGCUCCGCCCGGGUCACGAGAGGCUCAGCGGGAAAAAAAAAGUGCAGGUAACCAGGUCAGUCAACCCGUAGAGAACCCCAACCCGUCUGGAUCAUCAGCUGACGAGGGGAAAAAUAACGUCCACCGGAAACCGGACAAGGAUAAAAAGUCACCACAUGACGAAAUGUCAACCGCUGUCGCUGACGUUCAAGGAGAAUCAGCUAGCCAGAGAACUUCUCCUGAUGCAAACAGGACAGAAAAGUCACUUUCGGAUAAUAUAUGUGACGUUAAAGUAGACGAUUCAGGUGAUUCGGAUGGGACAAGGCAAAGUGAAACUGGAGAUCAAGACAAUGUGACUGUAGCUGGUAGCGGUGACUCAACUAAACCGGGAUCACCGCAGAAUAAAAACGAUAAGGUCUUAGAAAGCACAGAAAGUCAACAAACAAGCGUAGACGAGGAGUGUUGUGGUACAGAGGAAAACGGAGAGGGAGGAUUAGACGCUGGCAGCGUCUGCGAUAUGGACGAAGAGAGCCUCGGUGAUAACGGAUGUUCUGACAAGAAGGAAACCGAGACCGAGUCUCAAAACAGCGAGCAGUCCGGUGUCACCAUGGGAGAGGAGUCUUUAGACCACAGCAUGGUGGACGAGGAGGAGGAGGAGGAAGACAUGGACCAGGACGAUCACUUGAUUUACCUCCAGGAGAUCUUGCUGCGUAUUCACAACGAGUAUUACUCCCGCUACGACGCGUAUCUCCGGGGUGACUGCUCCGACACGCCGGACAUCCGUAAAAUCAUCCCUGAGCUGAAGAGCAGCUCUCUGGCAGGCACAAACAUCGUGUUCAGCGGCUUGUACCCCACAAACUACCCCAUGGAGCGAACACGAGAGAGCUACCAUGCAAAAGCACUGGGUGCCAAGAUUAGCAAGAGCCUUGUGCUCAGUGCCAAAGAUCCCGACCUCACCACCCACCUCAUCGCAGCUCGUGCAGGUACGGAGAAGGUCCGGCAGGCCCAGGCCUGUAAACAUGUUCAUGUAGUGAAUCCAGAUUGGCUUUGGGGAUGUCUGGAGCGAUGGGAAAGAGUGGAAGAGCAGCUGUUCCCUCUUAAGGAGGACUACAUAAAAUCACAGAGAAGUAAUAGCCCAUCAGCAUUUCCUGAUGUUCAGGAGUCCUUCCCAGCACCUGUUAUUGACCCUGUUUUCAUCCAGCCCAAAGGCCUGCUGCCUCCAGAGGUGCACACGUACGACUCGGUAACUGGGAAGUUGAUCCGAAGAGGACCUCAGGCACCACGUCAGUCUCAAAAAUCAUCGGUGAUGUCGUCAGGACACGAAGUGCACUUAAACUUUAGGGAUUUGAGAUUUCUGCAGCAGGAAGAUAUUGACAGCUCCAGAGCAGAUGACGAGCAGCCUGGACCGAUACGCAGGAAACGACAGCCCAGCCUGUCCGAAUCCUUGCCGCUCUACACGCUCUGCAAGGAGGACCUAGACAGCAUGGACCGAGAGGUGGAUGAUAUUCUUGAAGAAGAAAGUGAUAAUGACAGUGAGGGAAAAGAGAAGGAGGAGAGAGUGAAGGAAGAUGAGGAGGAUGAGGAGAGCAGUAGACAAAGUGCUGAAGCAGCAGAUGAUCACCAGGCCCUAAACAUGUCUGUCAAAGACACAUCAUCAACAUCCAAAGAAGACAGCAGUCAGACCGGGAUCACACCAAGAGGUCACAAGAGAAAGCUGCAGGACACCAGAGAAGACGAUGAUGACAAAGACGGAGACUUUGCUAGCCAGUCCAGUAAGGAGUCAAACGAGGACGGUAGUAGCUCAGAAGCUGAUGAGAUGGCUGCUGCUCUGGAGGCAGAGUUAAAUGACUUCAUGUGAUCAGUGAGACCAGUGAUAUUGACCUUUCACUGCAAUCACUGUUUCUGUGGCUGUUUGUGCAUGUCACCUCUACUAUAUAUGUGUGUGUGCGCGCGCGAGUGUGUCUGUUGAACAUAAAUCAUCAGGUGGAUAAAAUAUUUGUGUGUAUACAGAAUGAUUUAUUGAGGUGUGAUGUGACAAAGCUGUUGAAUAUUUUACUGCAUUACCUUUGGCCAGUGGAUGUUUGGAUUUUAGGUUUUACAGAAAACUAAAAAAAGAAAUAAAAAGAGUUUGUGAUAACUGCCAAAGACUACAACAGGCAGCUAUAUUUUUUCAUAUUUUUCUGUUCGAUUUCUUUCUCCACUCUUUCUCUUUGCACAAAAAACCUUGGCACAUUACAUUGUUUUCUGAAGAGAAUUAUUUGAUUUUUUUUUUGCCAAACUGAGUGUUUAGUUAACAUUUCUGUUAUCUUGUAGAUUCACUGUUAAUCAGCUUCCUUUACAGUAUUUUAUUUUAUUUAGUUUUUUGCUUAUAUUUUUACUGUUCAUUUCAAGGUUGAUGUACUAUAUAACGCUUGUAUAUUCUAUUUCAUACCUUUCCUUACUAACGAUAUGUGCAAAAAAAUAAAGGUUUUAGAGAUUGAACAAGUCACUAGAGCUGAAUUCCAAAAAAUCUGGGGUGGGGGUGGGUUUUUGGGGUAAUUCUAGUUUUGACAACAAUGGCAGUUUUUCUGCCAUUAAUAUUCUUUCAAACCUCGAUGAAAACAUUAUAUUUUUACAAAACCGAUGUAUCUUGUAUUUUAGGUUACUUGUCUGUGUGCCUGUAAAGAAGAUGAUGAUGAUUAUGAUGAUGAUGUAACUCAGUGCUGAAUGCAUUCAGUUUGUCUAAAGAUGUCUAAAAUCAUUCUGUACAGAUGACAAAGUUUAAAGAUGUUUACAUGACCUAAUAAAAAGCCAUUGGUAAUG